AUGAAGCCUCCUAAAGCCAGUGAUGUACUCUAUGUUAAGCCUCCUAAAGCCAGUGAUGUAUGCUAUGUUAAGCCUCCUAAAGCCAGUGAUGUACUCUAUGUUAAGCCUCCUAAAGCCAGUGAUGUACUCUAUGUUAAGCCUCCUAAAGCCAGUGAUGUACGCUAUGUUAAGCCUCCUAAAGCCAGUGAUGUACUCUGUGUUAAGCCUCCUAAAGCCAGUGAUGCACACUAUGUUAAGCCUCCUAAAGCCAGUGAUGUACUCUGUGUUAAGCCUCCUAAAGCCAGUGAUGCACACUAUGUUAAGCCUCCUAAAGCCAGUGAUGUACUCUAUGUUAAGCCUCCUAAAGCCAGUGAUGUAUGCUAUGUUAAGCCUCCUAAAGCCAGUGAUGUACUCUAUGUUAAGCCUCCUAAAGCCAGUGAUGUAUGCUAUGUUAAGCCUCCUAAAGCCAGUGAUGUACUCUGUGUUAAGCCUCCUAAAGCCAGUGAUGCACACUAUGUUAAGCCUCCUAAAGCCAGUGAUGUACUCUAUGUUAAGCCUCCUAAAGCCAGUGAUGUAUGCUAUGUUAAGCCUCCUAAAGCCAGUGAUGUACUCUGUGUUAAGCCUCCUAAAGCCAGUGAUGCACACUAUGUUAAGCCUCCUAAAGCCAGUGAUGUACUCUAUGUUAAGCCUCCUAAAGCCAGUGAUGCACACUAUGUUAAGCCUCCUAAAGCCAGUGAUGUAUGCUAUGUUAAGCCUCCUAAAGCCAGUGAUGCACACUAUGUUAAGCCUCCUAAAGCCAGUGAUGUACUCUAUGUUAAGCCUCCUAAAGCCAGUGAUGUACUCUAUGUUAAGCCUCCUAAAGCCAGUGAUGUACUCUAUGUUAAGCCUCCUAAAGCCAGUGAUGCACACUAUGUUAAGCCUCCUAAAGCCAGUGGUGUACUCUAUGUUAAGCCUCCUAAAGCCAGUGAUGUACUCUAUGUUAAGCCUCCUAAAGCCAGUGAUGUACUCUAUGUUAAGCCUCCUAAAGCCAGUGAUGCACACUAUGUUAAGCCUCCUAAAGCCAGUGAUGUACUCUAUGUUAAGCCUCCUAAAGCCAGUGAUGCACACUAUGUUAAGCCUCCUAAAGCCAGUGAUGUACUCUAUGUUAAGCCUCCUAAAGCCAGUGAUGUACUCUAUGUUAAGCCUCCUAAAGCCAGUGAUGUACGCUAUGUUAAGCCUCCUAAAGCCAGUGAUGUAUGCUAUGUUAAGCCUCCUAAAGCCAGUGAUGUACUCUGUGUUAAGCCUCCUAAAGCCAGAGAUGCACACUAUGUUAAGCCUCCUAAAGCCAGAGAUGCACACUAUGUUAAGCCUCCUAAAGCCAGAGAUGCACACUAUGUUAAGCCUCCUAAAGCCAGAGAUGCACACUAUGUUAAGCCUCCUAAAGCCAGAGAUGUACGCUAUGGUAAGCCUCCUAAAGCCAGUGAUGUAUGCUAUGUUAAGCCUCCUAAAGCCAGUGAUGUAUGCUAUGUUAAGCCUCCUAAAGCCAGUGAUGUACGCUAUGUUAAGCCUCCUAAAGCCAGUGAUGUAUGCUAUGUUAAGCCUCCUAAAGCCAGUGAUGUAUGCUAUGUUAAGCCUCCUAAAGCCAGUGAUGUACUCUAUGUUAAGCCUCCUAAAGCCAGUGAUGCACACUAUGUUAAGCCUCCUAAAGCCAGUGAUGUACUCUAUGUUAAGCCUCCUAAAGCCAGUGAUGCACACUAUGUUGAGCCUCCUAAAGCCAGUGAUGUACGCUAUGUUAAGCCUCCUAAAGCCAGUGAUGUAUGCUAUGUUAAGCCUCCUAAAGCCAGUGAUGUAUGCUAUGUUAAGCCUCCUAAAGCCAGUGAUGUACUCUAUGUUAAGCCUCCUAAAGCCAGUGAUGCACACUAUGUUAAGCCUCCUAAAGCCAGUGAUGUACUCUAUGUUAAGCCUCCUAAAGCCAGUGAUGUACUCUAUGUUAAGCCUCCUAAAGCCAGUGAUGUACUCUAUGUUAAGCCUCCUAAAGCCAGUGAUGCACACUAUGUUAAGCCUCCUAAAGCCAGUGAUGUACUCUAUGUUAAGCCUCCUAAAGCCAGUGAUGUACUCUAUGUUAAGCCUCCUAAAGCCAGUGAUGUACUCUAUGUUAAGCCUCCUAAAGCCAGUGAUGCACACUAUGUUAAGCCUCCUAAAGCCAGUGAUGUACUCUAUGUUAAGCCUCCUAAAGCCAGUGAUGCACACUAUGUUAAGCCUCCUAAAGCCAGUGAUGUACUCUAUGUUAAGCCUCCUAAAGCCAGUGAUGUACUCUAUGUUAAGCCUCCUAAAGCCAGUGAUGUACUCUAUGUUAAGCCUCCUAAAGCCAGUGAUGUACUCUAUGUUAAGCCUCCUAAAGCCAGUGAUGUACUCUAUGUUAAGCCUCCUAAAGCCAGUGAUGUACGCUAUGUUAAGCCUCCUAAAGCCAGUGAUGUAUGCUAUGUUAAGCCUCCUAAAGCCAGUGAUGUACUCUGUGUUAAGCCUCCUAAAGCCAGUGAUGUACUCUAUGUUAAGCCUCCUAAAGCCAGAGAUGCACACUAUGUUAAGCCUCCCAAAGCCAGAGAUGUACGCUAUGUUAAGCCUCCUAAAGCCAGUGAUGUACUCUAUGUUAAGCCUCCUAAAGCCAGUGAUGUACUCUAUGUUAAGCCUCCUAAAGCCAGAGAUGCACACUAUGUUAAGCCUCCUAAAGCCAGUGAUGUACUCUAUGUUAAGCCUCCUAAAGCCAGAGAUGGAGAGUGA